AUGACUAUUUAAAUUUUUUUAAUAAAAUAAAUUUACGGUGCCUAAAAUUCAUAACCCAAUAUUCUCUUUAAUUAAAUUAAGGCUAAAUGAUGAAACUAGGCUAUUCCUGUUAAGGAGAAUACAAAUAUUUUGUCAGGAAGUUCAGAACAGGGCUCUUACUUGCUCAAUCUUGGUGUGUUACCAUUUUUGUUUACAGUUUUAAGAAAAAUAAUAAUGAUAUUAAAGAACAGGUGAUGUGGGCUUUUGGAAUUAUCACUGGAGACUCUGCUAAAUGUAGAGAUGCAAUUUUAAACUACACAAAAUUCAAUUAUGUUUAUGAGUUUUUGGCUGGAGUGGACUUUCAUAAACAGAGCUUGAUAAAGAUGCUGUCAUGAGUAGUAUCAAAUUUCAUAAGAGGAAAGCCUCAGCCCACACCCGACAGGGUAUUACCUUUAUUUUCAUUUCUAAAAAGAGUCAUCUUAGGGAUUCAUGAUGUAAGGAUCCCCCCCAUCAUUUGUCCCAAUUUUCUAGUCUUACAACUAGAAGCUAUACCAUUAUAUAAGAUAAUAUACUCCUAAUUUGCCUAUUCAGAUUAUAA